CCUAUGCUCUGCUGGGGUCAAACUUUCCCAGCGAUGGGGCUAUGAUGAAGCACUUUCACUCGAGGGGGGGGGGGUCUCAUUGGCGUGAAGGCACGAAACCCACACUGAUCACAUUGGGCGCGAGAAGCAAAGUCCGGGCACAAGCUUCGGCGUUUGCAAUACAGCACUGUUUGGCUACUGUCUGAAGCACAAAUUAGCGCACCGCCAGCAUCACCAGCUGCGCGGCCUGCAAUAGUAGAAAAGGCGACCCGGUCGCUUCUCAAGCAAAGUUCUGCCGCUUUUACUGCUAUCGUGAGACGCGUAGUAAGCCAUACUAUAUAAGCAAUUUGGGCAACAGAAUGUCGCUUGGCUUGCUGAAGGCGCGGGCGCCUGGCGCGCUCGCUGCGCGGAGAGCUCCUAGGGCUCGCACCGGUAGUGUCCGAGUUCGCGCCCAGGACGGAGAGAAGGACUGGGACACCGCUUGGUCGAGCUUGCAGCGCCAGCUGCGCUCUCAAGUGGAGAUUAAGGACACCACCACCUCCAGCCGCACCGGCAAGACGACCUCAGGCCGGGCGGAUGCCCCACGCACCAAGCCGCCGCCGCGCCGCGUGCUGCCGAGCUCAGGCGGCAACACCUGGGCCGGCCAGGAGGGCGAGCGCAUCCGCCGCGGGGAGCGUGUGCUUCUGGACCUGUGGAGCAACGAGGACUUCCUGAAGACGGGGGCGAUGGCGUCCAUUGUGGCGCUGUUCCUGCUAGCGCUGGUUGUUGGCCCGCCUCCAGCGCCGCCGCCAGCCUGGGAGCCGCCGGCAGAGCUAGUCAAGCGGCCCAGCUGGGAGGCGCCGCCGGAGCCCCUCAACCCCGCAGCUCGGAGGGCGCUCUAAAUGCGGAGCGGUGCGGGAGCUGCGAUGGGUAGUGCUGGGUGGCAGGGUGCGCGGCCACCGCAUGAUACGGUUUCGUGCGAUUGGCGGAGGAAAGCAUCGCACGAAAGGGUCGUAGCAGAUUGCCUGCCUUAAAGCGCCAGUGGCAUGCACGUUCAUCCCAUCUGUGUACUGUCACACCCAUAAAGAGAAGAUUUUCAUGAUUAGAUUGAGAGAAAUAGACGCUUCCUGCAGUACUUGGCACACCAGCGCCAGGGCAGGUGAACGCGAGUACGGCACUGUACUGAGCGCUCGGCUCCGCCCCUGGUUUUCACUUCAAGGGUCGAGGCCCGGCUUAAUAUGUUUGAUUGUAUCUUUACACAAGUUUUGUGACCUUGUCUUAAGGCAUGCACGUAUACACGAAGCAACGUGCAUUCCAAAUUUCAUGAGGUUGCUGCGGUGACGCCCACGUCGUGUUGACUGCACAGGCGCACAGAGUUGUUGAACAAGGUGUCAUUGAAGGUGCUAUGCGGAGCAGGGACGUCAAAACGGAGUGACAGUGCAGGCCCCCGUGUGCGGUGAGGGCUCCACACGCUGCAAGCUCUGUGUUACCAGCUUGGACGGAUUGGCCCGCAUGGGAACGGUGUGUGCCCACACAAGCCUAACUUGUAACACCCCCCCCCC